AUGAGUGAUGUAGACAUGGAUGGUGAUGAUAUUGUAUGGGAGUAUGAAUCUGAGGAGCUGCAUACACCCGUUUCUUCUGAGGAUGAGGGAAACAAAUAUCAGUGGCCUGAGUUCAAUGACCAAUAUACUUUCGGAGAGGGAAGAUUUGAGCUUGGAACAAGGUUUGUAACAAUUGAGAGGUUCAAAGAGGUUGUAAAGGAUAUCUUUAUUGCUGAAGGCCGGGAGUUGGUUUGGAUCAAGAAUGACAAGGAAAGAGUUAGGAUUGGGUGCAAGGACAAGGAGUGUGCUCGGAUUGCCCACUUGUCAUAUAAUCGGCAAUUACAAUGCUUCCAAGUCAAGACUUAUAGAAACGAGUACACUUGUGCAAGGGACUUUGGAAGCAACACCACUGAUCAACACUGGAUCAGUAAAAAAGUGGAGAAGAGGAUGGCAACGCACCCGUAUAUGACAACUUAUGAAACUAUUGAUUUUCUAAGAGAGGACUUUGACCUUACUGCACACCCAAAGAUGGUGUAUAGAGCUGUGAAUGAAGCAAAGGAGAAGAUGAUGGUUGUAUAUUGUUUUGAGGCCUGCAAGCGAAAAUUCAAGAGUGGCUGCAGACCAUUGAUCCACCUAGAUGGAGCAUUUCUUAAAACAUACCAUGGGGGACAACUACUUUCUGUUAUUGCACAGGAUGCUAACAACCAGUCCUACGUAGUUGCAUUCGCAGUUGCAAGAUCCGAAAACAAAGAAUCAUGGAAGUGGUUCCUAACAUUAUUACAGGAGGAUAUUGGUGAUAUUGGCAACCACGGUUGA